AUGUUGUUGAAGUAGAAGAUUGAGGUUAUCUCAUAUGUGUGUUUAUCGAUAUGCGUAAAGAAUUAUAACCAAGAUAUUAACUUACAAAAGUUUACAAUGGGUGUAUUAGCAAAUGAUGAUAGUGGUAAAAGUGUAAACUAUAAUUUCCAAAGGAAAGCAGGCAGGAGUAUCAUAGAACAUCGUCCAGUUUUCUCACCGGAUGGAGAAUCAGUGGCAAUAAUUGUUGAGAAUGUAGUACGAGUAUACAAUAUCCAAACAGGGGACUGUGUCCGAACACUUGAAACAGAGGUUACUAUAAAUAAACUGAUUGCGAUACAGUUUCCUGAAAAUGAAGGCUACAAUUUGUAUGGGUGUUCCGACACUGGUCAUGUCACAACAUGGACAUGGGAGAAUGGAGCUGUACUCAGAGAAAUUAAAUUGAGACUUCCAAAUAACUCAACAAUACAUACCUUUGACUUGGUAGAUAGCAAUGAAUGUUGCAUUACCGUUAGUCUACCGAAUCAGAAACAACUGACACUCAGCACUCACUCCGUAAAGACCGGGGAACUGAUAUAUGAAUACCAAGAAACUAAACCUAAGCAUUGUGAUAUGAUAUGCGUAUCUUUAGGUUGGUGUAACGGAGACAGAUAUGCUGCAGUCACAAAUGGAAGUAGAACAUUGUAUAUUCAAAAUCUACAACAACCGCAUGUCAAGUCUCGAAUACAUAACCAUAAUGAUUACCGAAUAAUGUCAGUAGCAGCCCAUCAGAAGGCUAAUACCGUAGCUAUUACUGACACGUUAGGCCGAGUCACUAUCAUUAGAGGCAACUUGUUUGAUAUCAGGCAAAUUGCAAGAGAGGUGCUACAUUGGCAUUUCCUGCCACCACUCGCAACAUGUUUUUCUCUACAAGGUAAUUACCUAUACACUGGGGGAAUGGAGAAAGUUCUUGUAAAGUGGACCAUUGGAAGUUUGGCAUACAAAGCCAAUGAAAAGGCGUUCAUCCCUCGCCUGCCGGGAAUGAUCCGAUUUAUUACUACCAACAACAAUCAUGUUGCUGUCACAUUAACAAAUAAUUCGGUAGUGAUAGCGAACGCCCAGCUCCGCGUGGUAUGCACGCUGCUAGAGUGCGGCGGCGCGUCUCACGGCGCCCGCGCCGCCGCGCCCGCGCUCGUGUACCACGCGCCGCUCGCCGCGCUCAUCACGCCCGGCCGCACCGGACAUCUGCAGCUGUAUUCUACUGCUACUGACAAAGUUUUGUACAAUUUAGACAUAACAGAAAUGAACAAUUUACCGUCCGAGAGAUGGAAUCUUUUACCACUAGAAACAGAAGUGACAUGCGCCGCCGUCAGCGGCAACGGUGACUGGCUCGUCACCUCAGAGUACAGGAACGACGGCAUUACAUACCCCGAGGAGAAACUCAAGUUCUGGGCAGCGCUCCACAAGAGCGCCACGCCCUUCCAACUCAACACCUGCGUCAACCUGUCCCACGGGGGCUGCAAUGUGGUCUCUAUCGCUCUCAACUAUAGAGGCGACUUUUGCGUAUCCGCCGGCACAGACGAAAAGUUCAGAAUAUGGAAAAAAGAAAACACUUCACAGACAAACCGCAAAAAAAUCGCUUGGACUUGUUUGACUGCUUGUUAUUACUCAUCUGGGGUUGGUCAGUUUAUUUCGAAUAGUGUUCUAAAUAGUUUCAAAGAUGGCGUCAGGCGUAAGGCAGGGAAGGAUGAAGACUUGCCUUAUUUGCGGGAGGAGGGGAGUAAGAAUGAUAUAAUAAAGAAAUUGUUUAAUAUUCAUAAGGAGCAUUCGUUAGUUGACGAGGAGGGGCUGAAUGUGCCUAGUAGGAGGGAGAAUGAGUAUGACAUGGGAGGUAUCGCGGUAUCUCAGGACGGGUCGCUGAUCGCGGCGUGGUUCGGCUGCAAGCUGACGCUGUGGGACUCGCACGUGUGCAGCCUCAGCACCACGCUGUGCCACCCCGCGCUGCGCCCCAAGGGGGUGCACGUACAGUUCGGAAACAGAGACGCUGCACAUUAUUUGGUGUGCACGACAGAAAGCUGUUUAGCAGUAUGGAGUCUGUUAUCUCUGACGGUGAAAUGGCUCGUUCAAAUAAACCCGACGUGCUUGACCGCUCAUAGGUUCUCCAACAAACUGGCUGUCGUUACGGCUAAUAAUGAUGUUCACGUUUUCACACCGCACAGUUCGAAGCCGAUUCUAACUAAAAAACGCCUACUAGACCCCGCUACCGGCGUAUUCACGCAGUGCACUUUUGGCCGCUGCUUCGACGAUGAUAUAAGAUUGUACCUUAUGAGGAAUAAUUCUGAGAUCUACUGCAUCGAGCCAGAGCAAACGGAAGAGCAUCGUUUGGAAGUGAUAUCGCAACGCAAACUGCCCACAUCGAACUUCAGCGCGUUGUUGGCUGAACAGCAACUGUCUGAGGUGCAAACUGGAGUCGGGGACACCAACGUCAUCGAUGCCAACAAUCUUGCAGGCUCUACUAUCGCGCAGUUUUCGAUGUCGUCUCCUCACAUGGUACCGCCAGUAAGCCUUCUUUGCACUUCAUUCCUCCAACGGCUCAGUGGCAUGGAACAAUUGGAGACCACAGAUGACUCUCGCGAAGAGAAGCCGAUGGAAGUUGACGAGGACUCCAGCGAUGAUGAAGACUCUGCCGAUUCAAAACUGAAUGGACCCUAUGCCCCGAGAGUGACGGAACUAUGGACACCGAACUAUGAGGCCGUCAAAGAGAAGAAAUUAAACAAAAUCAUGAAUGAACCUUUUCUGGACUUACACUCGACCAGUGCAAUGUUUGUACUAAAUUGGACAUUUGAAGACUUAACAGAUCAAUGUAUUGGAUAUCUUGGUGAUCACCUGAAACUGUUUAUCGAAGUGACUCAAAAUGGUACUACGUCGAAACUAUAUCUGUUUGUUAAGUGUAUGCCGCGAUCCGACAAAUGGAAGAAUGCGUAUCUUGAGGAGCUUGGGUUUUUUAGAAAGGAAUACGUCAUGUUGAGUGAACUGUUUAAAACAUUUGAAUUUUACUCAGGUCCACCAGAAUGGCGUCCUAAAUCAGUGUAUAUCAAAGAAGAUAUUUUUGUAUUUGAGGAUGUCUCACGUCUGGGCUACAGAAUGCCAAAUCAUCAGGUUACUAUGACAUUUGAAGAAAUUAAAGCGUGUGUUGAAACGUUAGCUAUAUUUCACGCCGAAUCAUUCAAUUAUGAGGAAACCAGACAUACGGAUGGAAGCAAAUCAAUAUGGGAUUUAUAUAGUUCUUACCUGCAAGAACCUAGCAGUGGACAAAACUGGCGGGACACUGGAAGGAAUGCAGUAAUAGAAUUUCUUAAAGUUUUUUCUAAGUACAAAUCUAAAUGCAACUUUACUAACAGCGUCAAUUCAAUAUUACCAAAACUUUUCGACACUGCAAUGGAUCUUAUGCAGCCCAGCAAAACUUUUUAUAAUGUGGUAGUGCAUCGUGACCUUUGGACUAAUAAUAUAUUUAUAAAAAACGAAAACCAAAACUCUACUUCCCACGCGUUAUUUGUUGAUUAUCAGACUGUUCUAUAUUCAUCUCCAAUGCUUGACCUGUCAUCUCUCAUAUGUUUUAAUACUACAAGACGUGACAGAGAUCAAUGGACCACUGUGUUGCUAGAUAUUUACUAUAUCACUCUUUCUGAGAGAGCACACUGUGAUAUUGGUGAAAUGUUUGAUAUAACUUCGCUAAGAGACGAAUAUAAGAAAUGUAUGGUAUUUGGAUUGACGCAGGCUGCUCUCAUUACGCCGAUCGUAGCUAUGAGUAAAGAAAAAAGGAAAGAGAUAUUUUGCAACCUUGAAACAUCAACAAGGAUCAACGAAGUAACUCGGAGUCAAGAGUUCAUAGAUGUAGCAAAUGAAGAUAAAAAAUAUCAAACGAGAGUAACAGAAUUAUUUGAUGAAAUUGUGGAAAGAUAUGUAUUUCCUGAUGAUUUUGAAAUUGCUUUUUGAGUAUUAAAAGUAGUUUUGGUCACGGAAGCUUCGUCUAACCGCAAAAACGCCACACGAAAAUAAAUUACCUACUUGAUAUGAUAUGAUCUUAUAGUAAUAGGAGGUAGUGUCUAGUGUGGUAGGUAUCCAGGAGACGGAGAUAUUUAGUUCCCGCGUAACACAUGAUUGUAAUUCGAGAACAAUUAAUUAAAAAAAAAGAAAUCGACUUCAGCUUUUGGAUCAACGUGUAUGUGUGUGGGCAGAUGUAGAUAUACCUAUGUGAUGACAAUACCUACCCAGUUGGUGUUUAUUUUGUCCCAAAUUAGUAACCUAUAUUUCCAGUUUUAAUUUAUUUAAGCGAGAUGCUAAUGUUUCUUUUGUGUUCUUUCUAAAAAAUGAGGUAGGCAUCACAUUAAAUUAUGUGAAGUUUUUUUAAUGGUAAACUGGUGGCCCGCCCCGUCUUUCCA